GGAGCUUGUGGACAGGAGCCUUGCACUCUCUCUGAACUUGGCAGCAUUUCACUCACUAUUAUUAUAUUUAAGUAUUAUUUGACUUACUAUAAUUUGUCAUGGCUGAGUCUGGUUUCCCUUUACCACCAGAUGCUUUCUGUCCGCUGUGUGUGGACACACUGAGAGACCCGGUCACCAUCCCCUGCGGUGACACCUACUGCCUAGAGUGCAUCAAGGUCUACUGGGACCAGUUUGACCACAUGGGUGUGUACAGCUGCCCGCAAUGCCGCGCAACUUUCACCCCACGGCCUGCGCUGAGACGUAACCUGCCAGACGUAAACCACGAGCCACGGCGCCAGCUUCCGGAGCUCACUCCUUUCCCCUACAUGCAUCGGGAAUCCUUCUGCGACUUCUGCGUCGGCCGUCGCAACAAGGCCGUCAAGUCGUGCCUCAUGUGCUUGGCUUACUACUGUGAAACACACGUCAAGCCUCAUUAUGAGUCAUCUACCUUCAAGAGACACAAGUUGGUGGAUGAGACGGGUCACCUGGACAGGAAGAUCUGCCCCCAGCAUGAAAAAGGCCUGGAGCUGUUCUGUCGCUCUGACCAGAUGUGUAUCUGUGUGCUGUGUACUGUCAGAGAGCACCGCAGCCACAACAUCACCUCAGCAGAAGAAGAGCGCGUCGAGAAACAAAAAGUCCUGGUGGUCACCCAGUCUGAAGUGCAGCACAUCAUCCAGGAGAGGAUGAAGGAGCUGCAGGAGCUCAAGCAUAAUGUGGAUGUUCUCAAAAGUGCUGCCCAGCGAGCACAGGCAGAAAGUGAUAAGACCUUCCACGAAAUGCUCCAGGCGGUGGAGCGCUGGAAGGCUGAAAUCAAUCAGAUGAUAACGGCCAACAUGCAGGCAGCGAUGUCGCAGGCUGAGGGCUACGUGGAGCGUCUGGAGCAGGAGAUACUGGAGCUACAGCGCAGAGACGCAGAGCUACGGCAGAUCCUUGAGACAGAGGACAACAUCCACUUUCUGCAGAAUUUUCCAACCCUGUGUGUUCCUCCCGAGGCCAUGGUGCCCAAAGUGCUCAUCAACCCUCAGUUCUCCUUUGGAGAGAUGAGCAAGACUGCCACAGAGAUGAAGGAACAUCUAGAUGACAUCUGUAAGAAAGAACUGAGCAAAAUCUCCAAGACAGUCAGUGAAACCCCUGUGUACAUACUUCUGCCAAGAAAUGGAGACAAACGACUGAAAGUUCCUUCCAGAGUGGAUUUUCAGGAGCCAAAAAUAAGAACAGACUUCUUGAGAUAUUCCUGUAAGAUGUCCUUCGAUCCAAACACAGUCUAUAAAGAGCUGGUUCUGUCGGACGGGAACCAGAAGGUCACGCGGAAGAAAACAGUCCAGUUUUACCAAGAUCACCCAGAACGCUUUGAUGGCUUCUCCCAGGUGCUGUGCAAGGAGCCUCUUACUGGUUUCAGAUUUUACUGGGAGGCAGAGUGGGGCGGGGAGUUUUCCAUCGGGGUGGCCUACAAGAGCAUCAGUCGCAAGGGGAAGAAUUCGCAUAGUCUGCUGGGCUACAACGACAAGUCUUGGAGUCUCCUCUGCUCAGAGUCAGGUUACUCUGUCUGGCACAACAAAACAGACCGAGAGCUUCCUGAUGCUCCACGGGCUACAAGAAUUGGUGUGUACCUGGACUAUGCAGGCAACACUGUGGCCUUUUACUCAGUUUCAGAGACUAUGGAGCUUAUCCACAGUUUCAAAGCUCAGUUCAGUGAGCCUUUGUAUGCUGGUUUUGGUGUGGGCUCCUCAGUUACCCUGUGCCAGCUGAAGCAGAGUCCCAGACCUUACUGAGAUUUAAAACACUGAGGAGCUGUAGAAGCGCAAGUACUAAAUAUUGACUGUGAAGUACAAUUUAUUAUCUGUAAAAAAAAAAAAAAGAAUUUUAAACCCUUUCUUGCACAGAUUAUUUUAUUGUUGUGACAAUACCCGUAUGUUCCUGUAAUAUGGUGAUAAUGUCUCUAAAUGUAAUUUCAAGGCCAUUAUUUUAGAUCUAUGCCAAUGUGUUUAUUUCAUGCAAUAUUAUGCAUAUAUUGAUGUAAUCCUGCCACUGCCAGUGAUAAUCUAAUAAUUAUCUGUAGAUAAAUAGCAAGUACAUUUGUUUAUAUGUACAGUUAUGUUACAUUUUUUUUUGAAUGUGUGUCCUGCAGAGCUGCCCACUUCUGCCUUAACAGCCUCCAGCUUUUGAAAGAACUCAGGCUCACAUAAUAAAUAUUAUCUUUCAUAUUACAUUUCAAAUGUAAUUAAUUGUCUUCCAUGCUCUUGUAAUGACUCUAAGAUGAAGCGCUGCUUUACAUGUGCUAACUAGCAAUUACUAUGCACUUUCAGUACCUGAUCUCCUUGCAGUUGUUGAAUAGAUUGUGCUUAGUACUUACACCAAGGUCUCCUGCACUGAAGCUUUAGUGAUGUCUCUCACUUGUAAGUCGCUUUGGAUAAAAGCAUCUGCCAAAUGAGUAGAAAGUAAAUGUGCAUUACUGCAACCCUAAGUGUAGAAUAAAUGAA